AUGGAUCUAACUGUCCUUACGUCCAUUGUGUCGGGGGGCAUUGGUGUUUUUGUUGGCUGGUGUAUCUUUCGUCGGCUUGGUAGCAAUGUCAGUCUAGCAUCAAAACUGACUCAUCUCAAGCCUGUUCCUGGUAAAAUGAAACUAGUGUUAAUAGUACGGUCUGAUCUUAAAAUGGGUUGUGGAAAGAUUGCUGCUCAGUGUUCUCAUGCUGCUGUUUCUUGUUAUGAAGAGAUUAAUGAAAGGGAUCCCGGUAUUUUAAAGGCAUGGGAAGAACAAGGACAACCCAAAAUCGUACUUAAAGUCGACAACUAUGAAGAAAUGCUUGAACUAUCCCACAAAGCAGAGUCAUUGGGCCUUGUUAAUUCAAUUAUACAUGAUGCCGGCCAUACACAAGUUCCUAAAGGCACCGCAACUGUUCUUGGGAUAGGACCGGCUUUAGCUUCUGAAAUAAACCUUGUUUCCGGUGAUUUAAAGCUGCUUCCUUAA